GUGCAAGCUGUUUCCUGUGAAACCGAUGAACUCAAGUUUGCCUUACCUUUGAGUUUUUGCACACAUCCGGGAAAACUGUUUUGCAUUUACUUAGCUGCAUAUAUAUAAAGGCAUGGACAGUUAUCCCUUGUGACAACGUCUCGGGCCAGUAAAGGCUCCCAGCGGGACCGGAACAUAUGCGCUGCUUGCUUCGACUUUACUCUCGACGCGUCCUUUCGGCGUACUGACAGCAUAAGCGCCCGGUACAGUGCCUUGGCCUAGUGCCCAGCCGACAGGCGGGACCAGCAUGCUGCCCCGGCCACUUGCUAUUAGCGCUCAAGUACUGCAACGCGCCGCACGGGCCACCACGACGGCCCCCACCACUCAGGGGGGCUUGAGGGGGCAGCAUGCUGCAAGCACGAUGCAGCAGAAUGGGACGUUCGCCAGCUAUAACCAGACCUCGUCCUCGGGGGGCAGCAGCGGCAGCAGUAGCACACUGCAAGCCUUCUUCUCAUCAGCCAAGGCAGCGGUGCUGCGUGGGGGGCUCAACGAGACCAACACGGAAACUGUCAACAGCCUUCUUAGGCUAAUGAGCCACAUCAGCCUGGAGGAGCUGGGCCUGGAUCCCGACAUGGUCCAGGACCCCUUCCUGGGGGCGCUCAAGCUGCACCUGCGCGACAGGCCCCACACCCCGCCAUCCUCCUCAUCGCUUGUGCUGCCGCCGUCCGAGUCACCAGCGGCUGAGCGCUCGCUGUCCUCCCCGCUGCCGCUGCUGCUGCUAGAUGCGGCGCUCAGAGGCACGGGCGCGGCCUUGCCCCUGAGUUCCGCCAGCCGCUGCUCGUUCCACACUGCCGUGCAGGCCGACUGCAUGGCCUUCACGAACGAGGCCUUCUGGUCUCGCAGCCUGCCGGCGUUGAGGACAGGCGACAGCUUAGCGCUGCUGGCGGUCUUGCGCUCCACACCGUACAGCUCAAUCACCGUGUCCAGCCGCUUGUCAAAGUCCUUCGUGUCAAAAGCUGAUGCGAAGUACUCGCUGUACACGAUGCCAGUUGCGGCAGCAUGCGCGCUUGCAAGUCGACCCUGGCUGGCUUGCCCGCUCUGCCGCCGCAUCAAGUACAUGCGCAUCUACGAAGACCACACGCUCACGUUUGGCCUCUUCUGCUUCCCGGCUGGCGCGACCAUCCCGCUCCACAACCACCCUGGCAUGACCGUCUUCUCCAGGCUGCUGUUUGGCCGGCUGCGCGUGAGCGCGUUCGACUGGGUGGUGCAGCCGCCCGAGCCCAUCACGGAGGGCAGCGGCCACCGCGCCCAGCUGGUGUACGACGCCACGGUGGAGGCCAGCAGCCCGCCGCUGGUGCUGUUCCCUGCGUCAGGCGGCAACCUGCACGAGUUCACGGCGGAGACGCCCUGCGCCGUGCUGGACCUCUUGACGCCUCCUUACGAGCCGCCCACGCGCAAUUGCACCUACUACCGGCUGCAGCGGCCGCCCAUGGUCUGGCCCGUGGCGCGCUCGGCGGGCGGGCGCGCGCCGGUGGGGCCGCCGCUGCCGGCCCUGGGCGAGGUGGUGGAGCUGGAGGUGUUUGAGCCGCCGGACAGCUUUGAGGUCGUUUCGGGGCUAUAUCCUGGAGACCCUGUGUCGUAGAGGGGCUGUGUGAAGGGGGGGCAAUGCUUGCUGGCGGGGAGGUGUGUAGGGUGGACUGGCAGCGGUGCGGGGGUGCAUCGUGGGGGCGUACGCAGCGUUGGUGCGGGGUGGGUCUAGGAGGCUGUGGUGAACCUUGGUGCCGCCUCGGCCGUGACGCGAGGAGGUGGACUGUGGUGCGUGAUGGGAAGCGCAUGAUAUGAGUCCGCUUGUACUGUGCUAAUGGCUUACUGUUAUUUGAAAGCAUCGUGGAACGCAUCGUGGGUUGCUACUGCAUUGUAGUGGGGGAGGGGGCACCGGAAUGGGGUGUCGUCGCUAGGACUGAUGUCGCUUAAGAAGGCGGCGUAUUGCUGCAAAUGUUAUUGAUGCUGUAUGUCUCGUUUGCAUGGCUUGGAUGUGGGGUCUGGUAGGGGGGUGCGCAAGGGCGCUGCGUGCGGGGCGAGCCGAACUGCGGGUGCACCCGUACGCUGCCCCAUUGGUGAACUGGUUGUCGGCGUGGUAGGGCUGAUGAAGUCUCAGUGUGCACAGGCCGUCGAUAGACUCAACGCUUUUACACUCAAUUGUACGCAACCA